AUGUGGCGAAGACGAUUUUGUCUAUUUUGCCAAACUAUUGACCAAUGUCCAUUUCCUACCUUUUCAGAUGUGGUGUUUGUGGUGGACACGUCAGGUGGUAAGGGGUACUCAGAUUUCAAUCUGACGGUUGACUACCUAGUCAACGUUGCAAACUCACUGAACGUUGGAAUAGAGGAUACCCAGGUGUCGGUGGUGACCUUUUCAGACGAUGUCAGUGAAGAGUUUGACCUUAAUGACUACCUGGACAAGACAAGUCUACUUCAAGCAGUCGAAAGCCUAAAAGAUUCCAUUGUACCCAGUGGUAACAACGAUUUAUACCAAGCUUUGGUUUAUGUACAAGUGCAAUCUUUCUCCAUUAAUAGAGGGUACAGAUUUAACGCUGAGCACAUUGUCGUUCUUAUAACAGACAGUUUGCCCACAAAUGCAUUAGCUAGUUCGACGGCCAACCUGAUUCUCGACACCAUACCAAACAGUGUUAUAUAUGUGGUCAGUGUAGGUAUUGAUCCCACCUCGCAGGAACUGCUGGACAUUGCCCGUGACCCGAAUAACAUCCUAUACGUCACAUCCUACAACCAAAUAUGUGGACUGGUACCGACCUUAGUGGAAAAGAUUGAUAAUACCAUGACAGCGCCCAUCCCUGAAAACUGCGAAGAAGCUGGUUCACAAACAUCUUUUGUUGCAUCAUCUCUACAUGGCUUAACUCAGUCUGUCUCUGCAUCUUUUUAUACCACGAAUGGCAAUGUCAUUCCGUCUGACUCUGCUCACCCAAUUUCUACCUCUAGCGCCACUGUAUUCCCAUCUGCGUCUUAUACAGGCGUCACAGUAUCCUCAUCCUCAUAUUCUUAUUCUUUUUCUGGACCAAAUACUAUCGCUAGUUCCAUCACCAUUGUCACCACUCCUUUCUCUGAUUCAAGGACUUCUGUCCCAAUUCCUCUGUCUACUUCAAACUCCCUUGUCACCACACCUCUGUCUAGUUCAAACUCCCUUGUCACCACACCUCUGUCUAGUUCAAACUCCCUUGUCACCACACCUCUGUAUAAUUCAAGUACUUCUGUCAUCAUUCCCCUGUCUAGUUCAGGCACUAUUGUCAACACUCCUCUGUCUAGUUCAAACUCCCUUGCCACCACUACGGAGGCCCUUAUCAUCGCAAGCGCUAUGACAACGCCCACGAUGACUACCACAAGUUCAACAGCCACGUCAACGAAUAGUUUUAUCAUCACACCCUCGACGAGUACCACGAUUUCGUCGAUGACGGGUGCCACAGCUUCUACGACCACAUCCACGACGAGUACCACAAACUCAACGACCACGUCCACACCCUCGACGAGUACCACAAGCUCCACAAUUACGCCCACUACAAGCAUCACAAUCACCACGCCCUCGACGAACAUCGCAAGCUCUAUGAACACACCUACUACAAUCACCACAAGUUCUAUUACUACCCCUUCGAUGAGCACCACAAGCUCAAUUACCACACCCACGUUGACUACCACAAGCUCAACGACCACGUCCACGUCCACGCCCUCGACGACUACCACAAGCUCCACAAUUAUGCCCACUACAAGCAUCACAAUCACCACGCCCUCGACGAACAUCGCAAGCUCUAUGAACACACCCACUACAAUCACCACAAGUUCUAUAACUACCCCCUCGAUGAGCACCACAAGUUCUACGACCACGUCAACGAUGAGUACUGCAAAUUUUAUCAUCACACCCACCAUUAGUACUACACGUCCGAUUUCGCCGAUGACGGGUGCCACAGCUCCACACACCCUACAAGCAUCACAUAUCAACCACCACGUCAAUGUCAACGACAUCGCAAGCUCUAUGAACACACCCACUACAAUCACCACAAGUUCUAUAACUACCCCCUCGAUGAGCACCACAAGUUCUACGACCACGUCAACGAUGAGUACUGCAAAUUUUAUCAUCACACCCACCAUUAGUACUACAAGUUCUACGAUUUCGCCGAUGACGGGUGCCACAGCCUCUACGACCACACCCACGAUGAGUACCACAAUAUCAACGACCACGUCAAUGUCAACGACGAGUACCGGAAGCCCUACGACUACACCCACGACGAGUACCACUAGCUAUACGACCUCGUCCACGACGAGUACCGGAAGCCCUACAACUACACCCACGACAAGUACCACAAGCUAUACGACCCCGUCCACGACGAGUACCGGAAGCCCUACAACUACACCCACGACAAGUACCACAAGCUAUACGACCUCGCCCACGACGAGUACCAUAAACCCUACAACUACGACUACUCCCACGACGAGUACCAUAAACCCUACAACUACAUCCACGACGAGUACCAUAAACCCUACAACUACAUCCACGACGAGUACCAUAAACCCUACGACUACUCCCACGACGAGUACCAUAAACCCUACAACUACAUCCACGACGAGUACCAUAAACCCUACGACUACUCCCACGACGAUUACCAUAAACCCUACAACUACAUCCACGACGAGUACCAUAAACCCUACAACUACAUCCACGACGAGUACCAUAAACCCUACAACUACAUCCACGACGAGUACCAUAAACCCUACAACUACAUCCACGACGAGUACCAUAAACCCUACGACUACACCCACGACGAGUACCAUAAACCCUACAACUACUCCCACGACGAGUACCAUAAACCCUACAACUACACCCACGACGAUUACCAUAAACCCUACAACUACAUCCACGACGAGUACCAUAAACCCUACAACUACAUCCACGACGAGUACCAUAAACCCUACGACUACACCCACGACGAGUACCAUAAACCCUACAACUACAUCCACGACGAGUACCAUAAACCCUACGACUACACCCACGACGAGUACCAUAAACCCUACAACUACAUCCACGACGAGUACCAUAAACCCUACGACUACACCCACGACGAGUACCACAAGCUAUACGACCUUGUCCACGACGAGUACCAUAAACCCUACAACUACAUCCACGACGAGUACCACAAGCUAUAUGACCUUGUCCACGACGAGUACCAUAAACCCUACAACUACAUCCACGACGAGUACCACAAGCUAUACGACCUUGUCCACGACGAGUACCAUAAACCCUACAACUACAUCCACGACGAGUACCACAAGCUAUAUGACCUUGUCCACGACGAGUACCAUAAACCCUACAACUACAUCCACGACGAGUACCAUUAACCCUACAACUACAUCCACGACGAGUACCAUAAACCCUACGACUACAUCCACGACGAGUACCACAAGCUAUACGACCUUGUCCACGACGAGUACCAUAAACCCUACGACUACUCCCACGACGAGUACCAUAAACCCUACAACUACAUCCACGACGAGUACCAUAAACCCUACAACUACAUCCACGACGAGUACCAUAAACCCUACAACUACAUCCACGACGAGUACCAUAAACUCUACAACUACAUCCACGACGAGUACCAUAAACCCUACAACUACACCCACGACGAGUACCAUAAACCCUACGACUACUCCCACGACGAGUACCAUAAACCCUACAACUACAUCCACGACGAGUACCAUAAACCCUACAACUACAUCCACGACGAGUACCAUAAACCCUACGACUACUCCCACGACGAGUACCAUAAACCCUACAACUACAUCCACGACGAGUACCAUAAACCCUACAACUACAUCCACGACGAGUACCAUUAACCCUACAACUACAUCCACGACGAGUACCAUAAACCCUACCACAAGCUAUACGACCUUGUCCACGACGAGUACCAUAAACCCUUCAACUACACCCACGACGAGUACCAUAAACCCUACAACUACACCCACGACGAGUACCAUAAACCUUACAACUACAUCCACGACGAGUACCAUAAACCCUACAACUACAUCCACGACGAGUACCAUAAACCCUACGACUACACCCACGACGAGUACCACAAGCUAUACGACCUUGUCCACGAUAAACCCUACGACUACUCCCACGACGAGUACCAUAAACCCUACAACUACAUCCACGACGAGUACCAUAAACCCUACAACUACAUCCACGACGAGUACCAUAAACCCUACAACUACAUCCACGACGAGUACCAUAAACUCUACAACUACAUCCACGACGAGUACCAUAAACCCUACAACUACACCCACGACGAGUACCAUAAACCCUACGACUACUCCCACGACGAGUACCAUAAACCCUACAACUACAUCCACGACGAGUACCAUAAACCCUACAACUACAUCCACGACGAGUACCAUAAACCCUACGACUACUCCCACGACGAGUACCAUAAACCCUACAACUACAUCCACGACGAGUACCAUAAACCCUACAACUACACCCACGACGAGUACCAUAAACCCUACAACUACAUCCACGACAAGUACCACAAGCUAUACGACCUCGUCCACGACGAGUACCAUAAACCCUACAACUACAUCCACGACAAGUACCACAAGCUAUACGACCACGUCAACGACGAGUACAAAUGAUCAAGCAGUCAACAGUGAUGAGUCAAUGGAUGUGAUUUUCGUCUUGGACAAGUCAGGUAGCAUUAAUCAGUCGGACUUUGCCAUAGCUAUUGAUUUCGUCAAAGAAACCGUCACUGCCUUGACCAUUGGUACAGGCAAUGUCCAGGUAUCUGUGGUCAGUUUCUCCGAUACUUACAGUGAGGAAUUUGAUCUUGAUGAUCACACGAGUCAGACAGCCCUUUUAAACGCUCUUGAGGGUCUCAAAACGUCCAUAACCACAAACGGAGGUACCUUCACAUCCGACGCUUUGAAUUAUGUCCAAAGUACUUCAUUCACAAAUGCCAAAGGAGUGAGGUCGGACGCAGAUCCCAUAGUAAUUGUAAUGACGGAUGGACUAUCUCAGAAUGCAGCAAACACUUUAACAGCCGCUAACCUGAUCCGGAGUUCUAUAACAAACAGUAUCAUCUAUGCAAUCGGUAUAGGAUCAGACCUUAGCUCUACCACAGAGGAGCUUCAGUACAUUGCUAGUGACCCGGACACUGAUAAUGUUAUGUAUGUUACAUCCUUCCUGUAUAUAUGCAAUCUUGUGCCGACUCUUGUUCAGAAAAUAGAUAGUUCCGUUUCUGCGUCUGUAUCAUCUGGCUGUACUCAAACGACUACAACUGUGUUUGUUGGUAAGGGCGGUGGAGUCAUCACCACCACCGCAACAUCGACGACAACCGCUAUACCAACAACUGUCACAACGACGAGUACCACUCCGACUACCACGCCCACAACAACCACUACAACUACAACAACCACGCCAACAACGACGACCACCACGCCCACAACAACGACCACCACUACAACAACCACGCCAACAACGACGACCACCACGCCCACAACAACCACUACAACUACAACAACCACGCCAACAACGACGACCACUACAACAACCAACACAGCUUCAACAACUACAAGUUCACAGACCAAUGUUGAAGAAUCGCCAUCAUCUUCAAGUUCAGAAGAAGAUGUGGUUUUCGUCGUUGACAAGUCAGGUAGCAUAAGUCAGACGGACUUCAACAUAGGAAUUGAUUUCCUCAAAGAUAUUGUCUCCGCCUUGACCAUUGGUACAGGCGAUGUCCAGGUAUCUGUGGUCAGUUUCUCCGAUACUUACAGUGAGGAAUUUGACCUUGAUGAUCACACGAGUCAGACAGCCCUUUUAAACGCUCUUGAGGGUCUCAAAUCGUCCAUAACUACAAAUGGAGGUACCUUCACAGCCGACGCUUUGAAUUAUGUUCAAAGUACUUCAUUCACAAAUGCCAAAGGAGUGAGGUCGGACGCAGAUCCCAUAGUAAUUGUAAUGACGGAUGGACUAUCUCAGAAUACAGCAAACACUUUAACAGCCGCUAACCUGAUCCGGAGUUCUAUAACAAACAGUAUCAUCUAUGCAAUCGGUAUAGGAGAUGACCUCAGCUCUACCACAGCAGAGCUUCAGUACAUUGCUAGUGACCCGGACACUGAUAAUGUCUUAUAUGUCACAUAUUUUGUGUAUAUUUGCAACAUUGUCCCAAAUAUUGCUGUAAAAAUAGAUUCAUCAGUGUCUUUAUCUGUAGCUGGCGAUUGUGCACAAACGACAACGACCGUGUUUGUCGGAAAGGGAGGAGCGACAACAACGACAACUACAACUACUACAGCGGCAACAAAUGGUGCUAGUGAAGAGGGGUCUGACGGGGUGUACAUAGGCGAUGAUGACGAUGACACUGCGAUUAUCGCCGGCGUCACGACAUCAGUCGGGUUGGCGGCAGUAUCGGCUGCGGGAGCAGGCAUGAUCUACAGGUACAAGAAGGGACUAGGACCCUGUAACAGCAAGGUUUCUUCUGGCACGAAAAUUGCGUGGACCUGA